UUUAGCGUCUUGUGCCGGAUACAGUCAUGGUGCCCAUGUAAUACAUCUAUCAAAGAAAAACACUUUACAUCAAUUCAUUCACAUUAAAACGUGCAGUUUAACUCUUACCUGAAAUGGCGAACGAUGGUGCAGCGAAACUGUCUAAAAAUCUCCUGCGAAUGAAGUUCAUGCAGAGAGGCUUAGAUGCAGAGGUGAAGAAGCAGCUGGAUGAGGAGGAGAAGAGGAUCAUCAGUGAUGAUCACUGGUUCCUGGACCUUCCUGAGCUCAAGGCCAAAGAAAACCACAUCGUCGAGGAGAGAAGCUUCGUUCCCUGCGAGGAUCUGGUUUACGGCAGGAUGUCAUUCAAAGGCUUCAAUCCUGAUGUUCAGAAGUUAAUGUUGCUGAUGAACGCACACAAAGAGGAGGAGGAGGAUGAAGAGGAGGACGAGACUCUGAGCAGAAUGGAAACCGAUAUCACAGACGAAGAGAUGGCUAGAAGAUAUGAGAGUUUGGUUGGGAGCAUGAGAAAAAAGUUUGCCAAGAAACGAGAUCGCUCCGCUAUUACUAGGACAGAAGAAGACGUCAAUUGCAAUAUUGCUGAUUAUCCACCUAAACGGGCCUUCAUGAAGCCUCAGGACUGAGACGCUUUGUAAAUGUUUAGUUUUUUAUUCAAUGGACAUU